GGAACCUCCUCUAGUCUACACAGGAUUGGACUUAUACAAAUAACAUCAAAACGUCAUGUCGUAUUCAACAAUGAAACGUUCACUAGAGAUUGAGUUAAUCUCAGGGGAAGGACUCAAGAUAGAUCGUAAACCGGUGAAGAGAAAGACAUUCUGCGUCGUCAGGAUAGAUCAGAAGACUCGGGUUUGUAAACUCGAUGAAACAGGUGGGAGUUAUCCCACUUGGAAAGAUAAAAUCGAGAUGGACAUGCCUAUAAAUGGUAGCGUUAGGUUUAUCUCCAUCGAGGUGUUAUAUCGUACAAGUUCUGGUGCCGAGAAGAAUGUUGGGGUUGCCAAGAUUCCGGUGACAGAUUUCAUGGGAGGAUUUGCUCCUCAAGGGCAUUUGAAUUUCUUGAGCUACAGGUUGAGAGACGAGUACGGUGACAAAAGUGGGAUUGUUAACGUGUCGAUAAUGGUGAAACCGGACGGUAACGAUGUUAGAUUUUCGUCACCUUCGAUGGUGGCUACGAGGGAUUAUGCAGCGUGUAGCUCUCAAGCUGCGGCGAAUGGUCAAAUAUGGAGACCAAAUAUAUCUUCAUCAGUGGCUGUGACGGCUAGUUAUGGUGGUCGUGUAGUAACCGGGGUUCCUGUUUGGUGUACGUAUCAUCAAGGGUCUGCUUGAUUUUUUUUUUCUUUUUUGGUUUUUGUUUUUGCACGUCUGUCUAGACAGAUUUUCCUUCAUAUUUCUUGCCCUUUUUAUUCCAAAACUGGUAUUCAGGGUGAAAAACACGUUUGAUUAAUCAUGAACACUUCGUAUUAUGAAAAUGUGAAAUAGUACUAAUAAAAGGGUCUAUUUUACUUCUGAAGUCGAUUUUACUUUUUUGUUAUAAUAAAAAGUCA